CAUUUUUUCUAUGUUUGAGUCACAGUAACUUUGACAUAGUAACAUCUGCAGUAAUAUUUACAGCUCUGAUGACAUCUCACCAGUGUUAGCUUUAUUUUGACACCAAGACUGUUUACACAGAGUUUGUAAUUGCAGAGAAAUACAUUUAUUUUGGUCAUUUCCUUUUCAAGCAGGAAGCUCACCCUUCUUGGUAUACCCUUUAGAUGAAUACAGAGUUUUUAAUUAAAUACAUAUUCUUUAAAUAAUGUUCCCUUUUAGAAAAAGUAGGAUAAUUAAAAAAAACAAAACAUUUAUUAUAGCUCUGUCACGUAGAAAAAAACCUGUCUUUUUUCUGUGGUCUGUUAUAUAACAUUAGGGGUGUUCGUGGCAAUUAACUUUUUAAUCGACUAAGCGGGUCAAGUAAGAAACACUUAAAUAUUAAGUUACAUUUGAAAACUGUUUAAAAAAAAACAUAUCCCCAUUCCACAUUCCAAAAUGUCAUGUGACAAUCUGAUUGGCUUAGGAGUGAUGAUGUCACAAGGAUGUCACAAGGAUGUCACAAGGAUGUCACAAGUAUCCUUUGAAGUUUUUCUAUAAAUAGGGGUGAGAAACGGCAAUUUUCAGUUCGUUUCUUCGCAGCCUUUGUGUUUGCAGCCUUCAAACGUUCACUACAGAAAAAUUUGGAAACCUCUCAGAGUCAUCGGAUACAAACGCCAACAUGUAUCCAAGAUUACGGCAACCGAGACAAAAAGAUUUCGCCGCCUCUCCUUCCACGCGUGGCCGGCCAAUUUCUCCAAAUGGCCUCUUAUCCAUCCAAAGGGCAUUACAGGAGAGUAGGAAUGAAAACAACCAUCUCCAGAACAAAAUUCGACAAAUUGAAGAAGAAAAACGUCACCUGGAGAAGAAGUGCUUACAGAUGGAAGCACAAAACAAACACCUGGAAGAAACACUACAGCGCCAGCCCGACAUCAACAUUAUUAAUGAGGGCUGGGGGAUCAAGUUUGCUCAAGCCAGAGAGCAGAUUGUAUCCCUCAUCAAAGAAAACAAGAAAAAGAGCGCUGAAGUUAAAGAAAUGUCCGAGCAGCUUCAAGGCAGGAAAGCCACGAUUGAUAAAAUGGAGUGGGAUCUGCAAUACAUGGACCAAAUGAAUCACCUGCUCCAAAGAAAGCUUGAUGAAGCUGAAGAAAAAAAUAAAGAAGUCCUCCAACAGAAGGAACAACAGGACACAAAGCAAAAAGACCUGCAGCGCGAGCUCCAAGGCAUGCAGGAAAAGUACAGAAUGGUGAAGGCAGAGUUGGAACAAACAUUGGUCCAAAAUAAAGACCUCCUUCAAGAGAAAGAGCAACAGAAAGACAGACUGCCAGAAGAAAAGUGCAUUAUCAAGGACUUUGAGAGUAAAAAUCAAAAGUUGCAAGGAUUCUGUGAUGAACUGAAGGUCAAAACAAGUGAGCUGGAGGGAGAAAAGGAAACACUAGAAAAACGAUGCUCACACAUGCAGAAAAAGAUUGAUCACAUGGCCAAAAACAACUCAGAGCUCAUUAAGGGGAUAUUGUUGGAAUUCAACAACUUGAAGCGGGAAAACACAGAAAUGCAGGCCCAAAAGCAAAAACAAGACAAAACGCAUGAGGACCUGCAGUGUACGCUCCGCGAUAUCCAGAAAAGAAAUGAGCAGCUAGAAGGCCUGCACAAAGAAGAUCAAGUGAGAAAUGCAGACCUGCAGAAGGCAAAGCUGACACAGGAGGCAACAUCCAAAGACCUCAAAGAAAAGCUUGAAGAAACACAAGCAACAUUAGAACAGGUGGAACAAACAUGCAAGAAACUAGAGAGGCAAAACACAGAAACCAUCGAUGAGUUGAGAACCCUCAUCCUGGACAAAAAGGCGCUCGUGGAAAAGUCCAUGAAAAAGAAGAAAAGAUUCUUCAGCUUUUUCCGGUAGAGGGACAAUACUGCUUCUUCAACUGAUGUAGCCUCGUCUUGCUCCACCUCUGUUCACCCCCCAACCAGUCCCGGCAGUUGACUGCCCCCUCCUGAGCCUGGUUCUGCCGGAGGUUUCUGCCCGUUUUAAGGCAGUUUUUCCUCCCCACUGUCGCCUAGUGCGUGCUCAGAGGGGAUUGUUGGGGUUUUCUCUCCUCUACCUUGUUUCGUUAUUUACUUGUUAACUUUUUGCUCUUACCUCAUUUAACCUUGUUUCGUUAUUUACUUGUUAACUUUUUGAACUUACCUCAUUUAACCUUGUUUCGUUAUUUACUUGUUAACUUUUUGCUCUUACCUCAUUUAACCUUGUUUCGUUAUUUACUUGUUAACUUUUUGCUCUUACUUCAUUUAACCUUGUUUCGUUAUUUACUUGUUAACUUUUUGCUCUUACCUCAUUUAACCUUGUUUCGUUAUUUACUUGUUAACUUUUUGAACUUACUUCGUUUUACCUUGUUUCGUUAUUUACUUGCUUGUUUAACUUUUUUUCAACUUAUCUAACAAAAUAAAACAGUUGAAUUUAUCCUUUGAGUAUUGUUCAUCUAUUCUUUACAGAGUUUUUCCAAAACACUUUCAAACAUUCAGAUCUGUCUUUCAUUUUCUUCUUGAAACCUCAUGAACGGUGAACUAAAAACUCUGGAACAUGGUUUGAAACACUGAAAUUGUUUCAGCUGAAACUGGCAAAGUCAUACGUGCGUGUGUGAGUGUCACAGGUGAUAUGGUGUCACUAGUCCGGUCAUCAUGUUUAGGCUCAUUCACUCCAGAAUUAUUUAGGCCAAAUCUUUAAAACAGUGUCACUGCACACACAUUUCAAUCACACAAAUGCAGGAUUAAUUAUUUGCAGUAUCUUCUCUGAUUUAUUAUGAGAAUGUCACGCCUGAUCAUUUGCGCCCACAACAUCAAAAAUGGGGGCAAAAGGGAGGAGACCACGUUUAAUCGAUUAUAACACGAGGUCAGAAAUAUAAGUGCUGACAUGAGUAGUGUCCACAGAAACCUCUGAAUCUCAGCUAAAAACUCAUGUAAACCAUGUCUACAAACACCAAACAAAGCAAAGACACCAGACAGUUAAAAGAGCAGUUACUGCACCAUGAAUCUGUGGACAGGUAAUAUCCAUAUUUUGAUUUAUGAUUUUCUGGAGUUAAAUGUGAACCAAAGCAUAUUUUCAAACGUGUUAUAUGCUAUAAAAUACUUUUAAAAAUUAGGUGAGGGAAAUAAAAAAAUCUAUUUUUCUAUGUUUGAGUCACAGUAACUUUGACAUAGUAACAUCCGCAGUAUUAUUCACAUCUCUGAUGACAUCUCACAAGUGUUAGCU